AUGACCCCUGAAGACGAAAUGAGUCCAUCUAUGACGGAUGUUUCUCCAGAAGAACUCAGAUGGAAACGGUCAACUAAAGCUCAAUUCCAUUACGCAUCUCAUUCUAUUUUGUUUGCCGUCACGUCGGUCUUCUGGAUUAGCAUUUUUCUUCUGUUCACUGUGAAACAACCUCCCAAGCCCAGCCAACAAGCGGCUCUCGCAGAAGCACCCAAUCUCAUAACAGGCGCAAAAUAUGUAGCCUGCGGACGAUCCACGGAAGAAGCCAAAGCAUUGGGCUGCGUUUACGACAUCCUCAGUAACCACUGGGUGCCCGCUCCCUGCAUGGACCAGGGCGCAGUAGAUGUUUAUAAGGAGGAUGGAACCUGGUUUGGCUAUGCGGAUGAGAACCGCACGCAGCUUCUGACUAUUGAAGACAUGUCCAUGGCUCCGUUCUACUAUACCAACAUGCGUGACCAUGUGCUCCACUGCGCGUCGCUGUGGAAGAAGCAGUUUAGGGAAUUUUUCGGGCAGCGUAAGGCGCUGGAUUCGAUGAUUGUGGAUGAGCAUCACACGAUUCAUUGUUCAGACUUUUUGAUCCGAAUGACGCAGUUUGGGCCUGAUUUGAGGAAUGUCCCUAUUAAGGUGGAGGUUGGCUAUGCAGGAUGUCAUAUUAGAGAUGUUGAUCUACUGUAG